AAUUCAAUACAAAAAUCAACAUCGUGAACCUUUUAUGAGUAUCACACGUUAUCCAUCAAUAGGCAGUAUGGUAUUAUUAUUGCUGAUGAACAGCACCGCUCACCGCUACGGUUGAUGAGUUAGUUCUCCAUAAAUUACAUAUAUCACACCAUGACAAUGACGUCCCAGACCUCAGUCGAUGCUUCUUAUCUCAUAGUGGGUUCAGGAGUUUUCGGUAUAUCAACCGCUUAUCAUCUCUCACUUGCACAUCCCCAUUCAACCAUAACCGUUUUGGAUCGCUCAUUACCUUUUCCAUGUUCUCUUGCUGCUUCUCAUGAUUACAACAAAAUCAUUCGUGCCGAUUAUGAAGAUAUCUUCUAUUGCGAGUUAGCGCUCAAAGCCCGCGAAUUGUGGAAAAAUCAUCCUUUGUAUAAGUCAUAUUAUCAUGAAUCUGGGUUUGUUAUUGUGGAUGAUACCGGUCUUGGACGAAGAAUCCUUGACACUUAUGAGAAAUUGGGGGUUCCCGAUCAUCAGGCAAGAAUUGUUGGGCUGGAUGAGAUGAAAACUAUGUAUGGUGGAUUAUUUGAGGGAGCGGAUUGGAGAGGUGUAAAGGAAGUCUUCAUCAAUGAAGGAAGUGGAUGGGCGGAAGCCACGAAAGCUGUUCAGAAGGUGGCCGAUAUGGCAGAAGCAAAUGGUGUGAACUUUGUCGAGGGAGAUGUGGAAAAUCUUGUCUUGACAUUGAAUGGUGAUUGCCUUGGCGUACUGACGGGGGAUGGCAGGACUUUCCGCGCUGAUAAGAUCAUAUUAUCAACUGGUGCGGGGACAGCAAAGUUGCUUGCAGAUUCCGCACCAAAAAUGCACCAAAUUUUAGCCAGGGAUAGAAUUACUGCAGCUGCAGUUGUAUCUGGUCACGUCAAGUUGAACAAGGCCGAGUAUGAAAGUAUCAAGCAUAUUCCGGCGUUUGAUCAUGCAUUUGGAGAAGUGUUAGGUAAGUUUGUUGUUUAAAAAGAGAUUAAUUGACGGUAUUGAAUUUCGUACAGGCGCCGUACUUCCUCCUACUGCUGAUGGCAUACUCAAAUUCUACGUGGAUGUCACCCUGAAGAAUACAAGACUCCACGAGAGCUCCGGGUAUAUGAUAUCUGCUCCACCUGAUGAAUCCGUUCAAGCGCAAAAUAAUGUUCCCAAAAGUUUGCAGGAGGAGUGCUACCGAGUAAUGAAAGGUAUCUUUGGCGAAAUUGCUGAAGAUUUUAAAUUCGAUUCUUUCCGCAUAUGCUGGUAGGUCCAAAACAGUCUUCACUAUCUCCAAGCCUAAUGUUGUCUCUAGGGAUGGAAUUACCCCCAACCAAGAUUUCAUCAUCUCUGCACAUCCACGCUGUGAGAAUUUGUACAUUGCUACGGGAGGUUCUUUUCAUGGUUGGAAGUUUCUACCAAUUAUUGGGGAAUAUGUUGUAAAGAUGCUUGACAGUAAAUUGGAUGCUCAUCUUGUUAAACGAUGGGCAUGGGAUCGUGAUCAAAGGGGGAGUGCACAGAAGAAGUUUAUCCCUAAGCGGGAACUCGACGAUAUGACAUGACUUGAAAGUAGGCUUGUAUUAAUGACUAGGUAAAACGAGGAGGUCUAAAAAUUUAUGGUAGAGCUGAUGCAGGUCAUGUGCCUGAGGACAUUUUCCUUCGUGCGAACAAGGGAAAAUAAAUCAGCGGGGUGAAUUGUCUUGAACAGCUGGAUAACACAACUCUGAGUUUUGGAUUUUCAUGAUUAGAGAAGGAUUUGGGCUUCUCCUGGCUGAAUUGUACCAUUUCCGAUAGCAUAACCAUGAGCACGGGCAACCAAGGAAUAUGGGACC